UCUCUCUCUCCUCUCUCUUUCUCUCUCCUGAAAAACACACCUUUUUUUUUUUUCCUUCACUUCAUUUUCUCUCAACACUCCUUCUCCUAAACCAACUUGUGUUUUCUCUUUCUCCAUUCUUCUGCUAUUGCUUCUUUACUUCUCCAUGGAAAUGGAGGACCAGUACAACAUGUCAGACCUCCGGCAGCUCAUGAACGGAGGAGGAAGUAGGGCCCACUUUCCCUCCAUCCCCUUACAAGCCGCCACGGAGCUCUUCCCGAGCCACCGAGUUCCGCCUCUCACGGCUCCACCAGCCCAUCAUCAUCAGCAGCACCAUCACUAUGAGCAGCUGAUGAUGAUGGGCCGUCCUCAGCCGCAUGAUCAUCAUAUCAUCAACCCUCGUGGGCUCCACCAUCACGAGUUCCGCUCUCCAGAUUCUGCUGCUGGAGGCGGUGCUGCUGCUAAUAGUGCCACUGUUACUGCUUCUCUCAGUGGUGGUGGUGGGUUAAUGGAGGCCGAGGCUGGCGGCGAUAUUGGAGGGUCGGGAAGAUGGCCGAGGCAGGAGACUCUCACACUUCUAGAGAUCCGAUCCCGGCUUGAUUUUAAGUUCAAAGAGGCCAACCAAAAGGGUCCCCUCUGGGAUGAGGUCUCUAGGAUCAUGUGUGAGGAACAUGGGUAUCAAAGAAGUGGGAAAAAAUGUAGAGAGAAAUUUGAAAAUUUGUACAAGUAUUACAAGAAGACAAAGGAAGGAAAGGCUGGAAGACAAGAUGGUAAGAAUUAUCGCUUCUUUCGACAGCUUGAAGCUCUCUAUGGAGAAACCACCAAUUCCGUAGUAUCAACUUCACUCCCAGAAGCCCAUUUCAUUGGUAAUAACAGUAAUAACAACAAUCUUCGUUACCAAACAACGAUCAACGCUCAAGCCAAUCAAGAGAUCACUACUCCCUAUCAUCACUCAACUGAUCAAAAGCACUGUGACAGCCUAAGCCUCUCAAAUUCCUCCGAGUUCGACACCUCCUCGUCGGAAGAUCAGGACAACAAUGAUGUCAGCGCGGCCGCGAUGGAUGAUGACUCUCCGGACAUCAAGACUAUGAGGAAGAGAAGAGGUGGGAGGGGAUGGAAGGUGAAGAUAAAAGAGUUCAUUGAUGCACAAAUGAGGAAGCUGAUGGAGAAACAAGAGGAGUGGCUGGAGAGGUUGAUGAGAACUCUUGAGCAAAAGGAGAGGGAGAGGAUGGUGAGAGAGGAGGAGUGGAGAAAGCAAGAAGUGGAGAGGGUUGAAAAAGAGCACAAGUUUUGGGCCAAAGAGAGGGCUUGGAUUGAAGCAAGGGACAAGGCUUUGAUGGAGGCAUUGCACAAGCUAACAGGAGGAUCAUCAUCAACAGAUCAAGCAAAGGCUAACUAUAGUUCUCCAUCACCUGAUCAUGAUCAUGAUCAGCAUCAUCAUCAUCAUCAUCAUCAUCAGACUAGUUCUGAUCAUGAUCAAAUUGUUCAUAACACUAGUAGUGCAAGGGAGUUGUUGAAUAAGAAGCGCAAGGAGAAUGUGAAUUCAAAAAGCUCAGCUUGUUACUUUCAGAACAAUGAGUCUUGUUCCUCAUUGUAUAGUAGUCAAGGAGGGUAUUGUGCUGAAAUGAAUGACCAUGAGCAAGGUGGUAAUAAUGAUGGGUCUAAUAAUUCUCCUUGUGGCAAUGCAAAUGUGGGAAAUGCAGUGCAGGAUAAUUGUUUUCCCUUCUUGAUGAGUGAAGGAGAGAACUUGUGGGAAAACUAUGGACUGAAGCUCAGCAAGGGAAGCCAAAACCAGUGAGGUCAUGUGGUAGAUCAGCUAGCAGAAAGGCAGAAGACAACUUGUUCAGUUGCUUUAACUAGCAGUGUGUGUUUUCAAAGGAGAGGUUUGACUUUGAUUAUGGGGUUUCAGAAAUUUGAAAAUAUACCCCUCUCUCUCUCUCUCAUGUGAGGUGGGGCUUACAAUAUUGUAAGCAAGGAGCUAACUGAUGAGGAUUAUUUAUGUAUAGGGUCUGAGUGAUGUUUUAAUGGGACUAAAGACAUGAAAAUUUUAGAGGGGAAUAAAGCAUUUUAUUUUCUUUCUGGAAUUUUAUUGGGGAAGGGAGAGGUUACAGUGUUGCUAGCUAGUGUUUUGUUAUCAUCAUCCUAGUCUCUUUUAUGCAAAGAUUUAAUUCCUUUAUCAGGAAAA